CCCUCAACGUCGAACACAUCGUCGACCAUGACCACACCGUCAACCACGACCACACAGGCAACCACGACCACAUCAUCAACCGCGACCACAUCAUCAACGACCACCGCAGGAGGUACCUCGAAAUAUCCUAAUCCACCUCCGGCACCUGGAUGCGGUGAUGUGAAUGGGCAAAGUCCAGGCACGAACUCUUCGACGUCAAGCACAGUUACGGCUACACCAUCAACAUCGAACACAUCGUCAACCAUGACCACACCGUCAACCACGACCACACAGGCAACCACGACCACACCAUCAACCACGACCACAUCGUCAACGACCACCGCAGGAGUUCCUUGCCACUACAAUGGAACCACGUAUAAUGCAAGUUUUCACGAAGCGCUCAAAGAUCCUUGUGAAUUCUGGUGGUGUCUCCCCAACGGGACAAUGGAUGUAACGAAGUGUGAUUUGGAGCUGCCCCACCGUAGUGUGUACUCAAGCUGUACGCUGGUGUCUGUGGGAGGAUAUUUUCCUUACUGUUGUAGAUACAAACAGGUGUGCUGAUGCCUGGGAGAGAAGUCCUAUUGUUAUUUGAAGUAGACUGCUACUUUGAAUAAACACUUGUCACUUCUAUUGU